UGGGUAGGCUGUUUGGAGUGUUUAUCUGACCAGAUAAAAUAAUAAUUAUAAUAUUAUGUUCCCCCACUUAUAAAACCAAAGUUGUGCCCCUGCUGAAAUGUAUUUGAAGUUAACACGCAUCUUUUUAUUGGCAGACAGAGAGAGUAUAGGGCUAAGUAUAGGGCUCAUGUGCGGAGGGACAAGGGGGUUGGCCUGAUUUUCAUUGGGCACGAGUUAGUGAGUUUGUGCACCUAUCAGUGGAUACAACGUAGCUGAAAUUCUGAACGAUUUGAGAACAGUAUACAAUUGAACAACUUUAGGAAAUACAGUAUCCAGUUGUGUUGAUAGACUAUGGAUCGCUGGAAAGGUAGAGUGGCGCUUGUUACCGGGGCUUCUGUUGGAAUCGGAGCGGCGAUUUGCAAGGCUCUUGUCCAGCACGGCAUGAAGGUUGUCGGCUGUGCCAGGAACGUCGAGAAAAUAGAGAAACUGGCAGCAGAGUGUCAGAGCGCUGGGCACAGUGGAACCCUUGUUCCCUACAAGUGUGACCUUUCAAAUGAAGAGGAGAUCCUUUCCAUGUUCUCUGCCAUCAAAACUCUCCAUCAGGGAGUGGAUGUGUGCAUCAACAAUGCUGGCCUGGCCCAUUCAGAGUCACUGUUGAAUGGCAAAACCGAUGGCUGGAGGACAAUGAUUGAUCUGAACGUCAUUGCAUUGUCUAUCUGCACACGAGAGGCAUACCAGUCUAUGAAGGAGAGGAAGGUGGAUGAUGGACAUAUCAUCAACAUAAACAGUAUGAGUGGACAUCGUGUAGUUUUCAGUGCUGAUACACACUUCUAUAGUGCUACCAAGUAUGCUGUGACUGCCCUGACUGAAGGGUUGCGGCAAGAGCUGCGAGAGGCUAAAACCCACAUUCGAGCAACGUGUAUAUCUCCUGGUAUAGUGGAAACAGAAUUUGCUUUCCGACUUCACAGCCUCCAUCCAGAGAAGGCUGCUGCUACCUACAACAGUAUGAAGUGUUUGGAAGCAGUCGACAUUGCCAGUGCUGUAACGUAUGUCUUAGGCACACCGCCACAUGUUCACAUUGGAGAUGUUCAAAUGCGACCUGUGGAGCAAGUGUCAUAGAGCAGUCCUGCAGGAGGAAUCUGAUGCACCUUGUUCAUCUCAAAGAAGAUUUAACGUUGGCUUAAAGCUGUAGGAUUGUGGAGUUUUUUAAUUGUGAUUUUGGGUCUGAUCCGAAAAGUAUUAUUUGCCAUGAAAAUUAUUGUAGGCUACACUGCAGCCCCUUUACAAUCUGAUAAAUCUGAUACAACCUGAUAAUACUGACAUUGUGUAACAACACUAUUGCAAUUUUUUUAAUUAAUGUGUUUUCUAAAAUAAAGUUAUCUCAAGUGAA